GAGAGAAGACUUAAAGUACGUAUGAAAGUACACCUUUAUGCAUAAUUCAUGUUCCGGGGAAUGCCGGUAUGUUACCCGGAUGAAGUAAAGCAUGUGCAUGGUUUGAAGGUUGUAGUACUGAAACUCGGUACCCCCUGCUUAUAUCAUUCCGUGUCCUCAUCUGGACCAUCAAGUAGACUCUCCACACCGUCACAUCUAACUUACUCGAACGACAAACAUGUUCCGCCUUCCCACUGUGAUGAGACAGGUGCGGCCUGUGUGCAGAGCCCUGGCCCCACACCUCACCCGAGCUUAUGCCAAGGACGUGAAGUUCGGCGCCGAUGCCCGUGCCCUCAUGCUGCAAGGCGUGGACCUACUGGCUGAUGCCGUGGCCGUCACCAUGGGACCCAAGGGCCGCACAGUAAUCAUCGAGCAGAGUUGGGGAAGCCCCAAGGUUACCAAGGAUGGCGUCACGGUGGCCAAGAGCAUCGAUCUGACGGACAAAUUCAUGAACAUCGGAGCCAAGCUCGUGCAGGACGUAGCCAACAACACAAACGAGGAGGCUGGAGAUGGAACCACCACAGCCACCGUCUUGGCUCGCGCCAUCGCCAAGGAGGGCUUUGACACCAUCAGCAAAGGCGCCAACCCGGUAGAGAUCCGACGCGGUGUAAUGCAGGCUGUAGAGACGGUCAUCGACGAGCUGAAGAAGCUGUCCAAGCCAGUCACUACACCAGAGGAGAUUGCGCAGGUGGCAACUAUUUCUGCCAAUGGAGACAGCGAGAUUGGUACUCUCAUCUCAGAUGCAAUGAAGAGAGUGGGCCGAAAUGGUGUUCUCACUGUAAAGGAUGGCAAAACCCUGCAUGACGAGUUGGAGAUCAUUGAAGGCCUUAAGUUUGAUCGUGGCUACAUCUCUCCCUAUUUCAUCAACACCGCGAAGGGUCAGAAGUGCGAGUUCCAGGAUGCUUUGGUUCUCCUGAGUGAGAAGAAGAUCUCCAGCAUUCAGGCCGUAGUCCCUGCUUUGGAGAUGGCCAACCAGCAACGCAAGCCUCUUGUCAUCAUGGCUGAGGAUGUGGAUGGGGAGGCACUGACCACACUGGUCCUCAACAGGCUAAAAGUGGGACUGCAAAUAGUUGCUGUGAAGGCUCCUGGCUUUGGGGACAAUCGGAAGAACCAGCUGCUGGAUAUUGCCAUUGCCACCGGGGGCACUGUUUUUGGUGACGAGGCUACAGGCCUGGCCCUUGAGGAUAUUCAGCCACACCACUUUGGAAAGGUGGGCGAAGUAGUGGUCACCAAAGAUGACACGAUGAUGCUUAAAGGCAAAGGGGACCCGGCGUUAAUCGAGAAGCGUGCCAACGAGAUCGCUGAGCAGAUUGAGGACACCACCAGCGACUAUGAGAAGGAGAAGCUGAACGAGCGACUGGCCAAGCUGUCCGACGGAGUGGCUGUCCUCAAGAUUGGCGGUACAAGCGAUGUUGAGGUAAAUGAAAAGAAGGAUCGAGUAACAGAUGCCCUGAAUGCCACCCGGGCAGCUGUAGAGGAAGGCAUUGUGCCAGGUGGUGGCUGUGCCCUACUGCAGUGUAUCCCUGCUCUGGAUACCAUCAAGCCUGUUAAUGCUGACCAGAAGAUUGGUAUUGAUAUUAUUCGUCGAGCUCUGCGCGUUCCAGCCAUGACUAUUGCUAAGAAUGCUGGGGUGGAGGGCGCUCUGGUGGUGGAGAAGAUUCUUCAGAGUGAUGUCGGCAUUGGCUAUGAUGCCCUAGUCGGGGAAUAUGUCAACAUGGUGGAGAAGGGCAUCAUUGACCCCACGAAGGUUGUGAGGACGGCCCUGUUGGACGCAGCCGGUGUGGCGUCCUUGCUGUCGACGGCCGAAGCCGUAGUCACGGAGAUGCCCAAGGAAGAAAAGGCUCCAGCCAUGGGUGGCAUGGGCGGCAUGGGUGGCAUGGGCGGGAUGGGAGGUGGCAUGUUCUAAGCGCCUCGUUGCCCUGAGCCCCAGAUAGACUUCUUAAGCAGGGAGAGAGAGGCAGAGGGGCACGAUUUGCCCUUGGCCGACUCCACUCCCCUGCUCACCUGCUGCAAGUGUCAGAAGGAGCUGCCCAACGGAUGACCCUUUUCAGCCGCCCUUUACGUCUUCUUUUAGGACAUACAACCCCUUCCUCUUAUCCCUCCUCCAGAGUUUAGCCACUGUUCCACUCUUACUCACUCUCAGCUGAAGUCCCUACCCUAACCCUACUCUAUGGCUGGAAGACAGGCACCUAGAAAUGACUGUGGCCCACUGGCUGCCUUGUCCCCUUUUGAAACGCACAUAUGCAGAGUUUGCUAAAGCAUCGGAAGAAAUGCACAUGGUCCUCUCUGGUGACAUAAGAUUGUCAUGGUUUGUUAUUUUUGUUUGUUUUUGAUGCUGUUGCCUUGGUGUUUGGCGUAUGUGGAUUGGGGUGUAUAGUGUAUUGCACACCCCACACAGUGACACUAACGCAGGGCUUUUACAACCAGAUACUAUGAGCUUGUCAGACAGUAGGAAGAUGUAGAAUUAAUGUAAAAUUGCUCAAAAGGGUCAAUUAAGCAGCUCAUAAUGCCUAAGCCUGCCACCUGAAAGGUUUACACUAAAGUUAGGGCCUUUUGACCCAUUCAAACUGGACAUGAGUGCCUCGUUUACCCUUGUGAUUGCCACCAUGUCGUGCACCCAGUUGUCGGUGAAGAAGAGGGGUGGGAGGGUCUGUCUUUGUGGAAUGUGUGGCCUGCAUUGCCAUGGCUGUAGCACAGCAGUUUGAACCAAUCAAAUGUUCCAUAUCUCCAGCCAAUCAUCUUGUGUGAUCGCAUAUGUUUUUCUUAACAUCCACUUCACUGUUUAUGUUCGUCAGUGGGCCAAACUGCUGUGUGGUUGGACAGUCACCGUCAAGUAGCUCUAGAGUUGGGAUGUUGUUUUUCUCUCUCUCAAACGCAUACAUUUAGCAGUGAUCGCUCAGUGUUUUUGUAUUAAGUCAUUGAUUGUGAUUUUUUUUUUU